AUGAAGCCGGGAUUGGUGUUUGAGGAGGAAAGACCCCCUCCCCCCAACCGCGCUCCGCUGGCGCCUAUGCUGGAGUUCGUCUCUGCUCAGACGGGGGUGCCUGUGGUUGCUGUAGGGGGAGGAGCCAGCCUGGGAAGAGAACCACAGUUCACCUGCUCCACCUCGCUGCAGCUGGAGGUCAUCUUUGAGGUGCUGGAGGAGUACGACUGGACCUCCUUCUCUGUGGUGACCACACGUCACCAUGGUUAUGAGGACUUUCUGGCUAUGGUGGAGGGCUUGACGGAUGGCUCGUUUAUUGGCUGGGAGAAGAAGAGCGUGGUGGUGCUCAACGUGACCGACGACCCCGGUGGGGCGCGAACCAAACGGCUGCUCAAGGACAACGAAGCACAGGUCCGUCUGCUGUACUGCUCCCAGGAGGAGGCUGAGCUGGUUUUCCGGGCGGCCUGGGCAGCGGGUCAGGCCGGGCCUAGCCACAUGUGGUUCGCUGUGGGGCCAGCCCUGUCCGGACUGGGCCUGGAGGGCCUCCCCAAGGCUCUGUUCUCCAUCAGGCCCCAGGGUUGGAGGGAUGAGCCGCGCAGGCGUAUUGCCAAGGGGGUUCUGGUGCUGACCCACGGGGCCAUGGCUCUGCGAAGGGACCAGGGGGCUACCAGGUCUCAGUACACCGGCAACUGCCAGACAGACGGCAACCAGACACACCGGGUGCCCGACAGAAUCAAGUACUUUACCAACAUAUCCAUCGGUGGGCGGGACUAUUCCUUCAACAGUGAUGGCUACCUGUCCAAUCCGCUGCUGGACGUCAUCUCCUACACCAAUGGGAGAGGCUGGGAGGAGGUGGGCUGGUGGGAGAACGGCCAGCUGAGGCUGCGUUACCACCCGUGGUCACGCUAUGGAUCCUUCCUGAAGCCGCUGGAUGACACCCAACAUCUGAGGGUGGUCACCCUGGAGGAGCGGCCCUUUGUCAUCGUGGAGCCCGCCGACCCUGGCACCAGCUCCUGCAUCCGUGACUCCGUCCCCUGCCGCAUGCCCAUCAACACCAGUUUGGUCGUGGAUGGUGCUGGACCAAUGAAACACUGCUGCAAAGGCUUCUGUAUCGACGUCCUCAAGCGGCUAGCCAAAAUAGUAGGCUUCACCUAUGACCUCUACCUGGUGACCAACGGCAGACAUGGGAAGAACAUUGAUGGGGAAUGGAACGGCAUGGUCGGAGAGGUGGUGUCCAGCAGGGCAGACAUGGCCAUCGGCUCUCUCACCAUCAAUGAAGAGCGGUCGGAGGUCGUGGAGUUUUCAGUUCCGUUUGUGGAGACCGGUAUCAGCGUCAUGGUGUCCCGUAGUAACGGAACCGUCUCACCCUCUGCUUUCCUUGAGCCGUACAGCCCGGCGGUGUGGGUGAUGAUGUUUGUGAUGUGCCUGUCGGUGGUGGCUGUCACCGUCUUCAUCUUUGAGUUCUUCAGCCCCGUGGGAUAUAACCGCAGCCUGCAGAGCGCCAAGAAGUCGGGAGGUUCAAAGUUCACAAUUGGGAAGUCUAUUUGGCUGCUGUGGGCGCUGGUCUUCAACAACUCUGUGCCUGUGGAGAACCCCAGAGGAACCACCAGCAAGAUUAUGGUGAUCUGA